UUGACUGCACUCACAAUGCGAUAUCUCAUUUAUUGCUGGAACCUGGAUGCUGUAAUGUAGUUGGCAUCUGCUCUAUAGACAUAAUGUCAAAAUAAUGUCAAGCAUAAUUUUUAAAAAUUACCCUGUCAGUCAGUAAAAAAUUGUGUUAUGAUACAUAGAAAAUAUAUAUUUUAUGGUACAUGCAAGGUUCAUGCUUUACUUUUAAGUUUCUAUUAUAUAAUCCUAUAAAGUUCUUUUAUAAUUAUUUAUUUAUAGUGAUGAUUCAUCAUAACCUAUAACCUCUUUAUUUACACCGCCUAUAUUUAAACCUGCUGUAAAAUGGAUUCUGCCAAACAGGUCCAGACUUGUCUGAUAAAGUCACAUCCCUUGAAUUUGAAUUGUCCUCCCUGUAGCUAAAAUAGAAUAACCCAGGCCUGCCUGAGCUUGUUGCUAUUGUGGCUAGAGAUUGGCUGAGAUAGGUGUCUCGGCCUUUGAAAGUUAAUACACUGAUAGGAAGCAUAUGCAAUAAUCUGCUAUUUUGGUCAUCCAACAAAAUAAUUAUUUGACAUUUAUCCAACUAUUGAGAAAUACGAUGAAUCACUGGUUAGUUUUUGGGGCUGCUUAAGAAUUUUUAUUUCAUCUGUCAUGCGAAACACGUCCGUAAUAAAAACACAACAUUUCUGGGACACUUCUGGAAUAAAUUCUCAACAGUUGAACGUAGUUUUUUCAUAGUUUCGUAACGCAGCACUUAUGAAACACCACGUGAUAAAUCAACCUUCCAACAUGAAUGUAGUUCCUGUGGGUCCACCAAUGCCUGCGGACAAUGCAGGUAACUUUCAACAAGAUGCCAUACCCCCACCCCCAUUCUCACCGUGUGGUGCUGCAUCGCAACCAAUUCCAUCAAAUACGGAAUAUCCUGGAGACUACAACUUUCAGAUAUACAUGGGACAACAUGCGCAGAUAGUUGCCAAGAGCGCAAACUGGACGUACUCGUCAAAGCUGAACAAACUCUAUGCAGACAAAGACAAGUCUUUUCCUAUACAAUUUAAAACGGAAACCAAACCCCAAGAGCAAUGUUUCAUUCGUGCGACACCAGUAUUCAAGAAGCCAGGGCAUGUGCAAGAAGUGGUCAAACGAUGCCCUAACCACACAGGCGAAGAUACAAAGGAACCAUCUGGUAAGCACUUACUCAUAUGUCAACAUCAGCAGGCCGAGUAUGCUCAAGAUGCUGGAACUGGUAGGCUAAGCGUACUCAUACCGUAUGAUGAGCCACAAGUCGGCACCGAGUUUACCACCUACUUAUUUAUAUUCAAGUGUACCAUUUCCUGUGUGGGUGGAAUGAACAGACGGCCGGCAAUGCUAAUCUUCACUCUCGAGAACAAAAAUGGGGCUACACUAGGAAGAAGGGUGAUAGAAAUUAGGCCAUGUGCUUGUCCAGGUCGAGACAGAAAGAACGAUGAGGCAGAAUGCGGUAAAGAGAAGAGGUUAAAAGAGAAACCAACCAAAAAAACGAAAGUGACUGCUCAGUCAACUACAAUUUCUCAAGUUGGCGCCAAGAAACGAAAGCUGAACACAGAUGAUGAGAUCUUCACGUUAACGAUCCGUGGGAGGGAGAAUUAUGAGAUGUUGAGGAAGAUCAACGAGGCGUUGGAGAUAAUGAGGAACAUUCCACCGGAGUACCGAAAAUCGUCACGAGACAUUCAGGCGCAUCUGAAGAGAGAGUCGUCAAGACAGUCGAAUGUGCCCCAUCUUAGUUCCUUUUCGAAUGGUCCUGCUCUAAACCCAUUACCCUCAAUUCCUUCCAUACCAUCGUUUGGUAGCCUGCCCUCAUUCCAACAUAUAGAUACCCUACCAAUAAACCAGUCUGGGGGAGACUAUGCAGAUUCUGCUCGUCCCACACCUAGUACAUCGGUUAACAUUACCCCUCCCAGUGCUGUCACAUGUAAUGAGGUUUCAUCGAGCCAAGAGCAACCUGGGCCUACGCCUCUGAAGCAGGAAGGCCAUCAGUAUGCGCAAGCAGACACCACCAUUGCAAGUUGGUUGUUGUCCAUUGGGUGUGAAGAUUGUACUAAGUACUUUCAUGAUCAUAGCAUUAUGUAUCUCUACCAGCUUGAAGACAUUAUGACCCCACAGGAUUUGGUCGAUUUAGGCAUUCCCGAAGGCAAACGCGACACAAUCCGCCGCGCCAUCCUUGAUGUACGAAGUAGCCACCACAUGAAUCUGUCGUCAACACCAACGCUCCAGACAGGAAGUAGCAUCACCUCCAGCAUGUGUGGCAAUGACAUGCCUGGUUUCCUGGCAACACGCUUCACUCUAAAGCAGACGUUCUCUUUCAAGAUAGAAGAUGAGGAUGAGCAGUAAAGUCAUUGUCACAUAAUUUCUGUCAAAAUUUAUCAUCAAAAUUAUGACAUUUGCACAACUAUGAGGUGUCGUGACAAGAUGAGUACUGCUGUACGCCAUUAUUAAGAAAAUGAGUCUCUGGGUCGCUGAUAUGUUUAAUUUUAAGAUUUUUAUUUCAUGAUAAACAUUGUGAGUAGAUUCACAUAACACUAUUUUUUUUUCCUAUCAGAAUUGAUAGAAAAACAAAUAAGCUAUCAAUUGUUUAACUUUAGAGACCAUUUCACCAAUAUUUUUAAAACAUCUGAAUUUUAAAAUGAUCAUACUCUGGUUUGGGUGUACUCAAAUUAGGAACUUGAUUCAAAGACCAACAUAGAGCUUAUAAAGAAUUUCUCUAAAUAUGUAACUCAUUCACUUAUGAUUAGUAAGAUUCAUUUUGUGACAACACCUCACAUAUUUUCUAGAAAAAAAAAUAAUUGUAAGAUAUAAACAUUUUUCAUAUCCAAUCUAAAACAUGUUACAUCUAACAUCAUUUAAUCUUUGAACCUUUGCAUCAAAAGUGUGCUAUGGUAUAAACAAGUUCUGUUAUUUUCAAUCAUUACUUUUUUUCUAUGUGGUACAUAUGACUGUACAAUUCGAAAACUAUAAAAUCUGGUUACCGUAAAAGUGCUACAUGUUAUUGCCAACAGCUGUCUUAUUUUUUUAAUUUUAUUUUUAUUAUUUAUUUAGGCACACAAUACAUGUGCCAAGGAUUGUCAAUAGCGAAUAUAUUACUCACCUACUUGUAGGUGACAACCCCUUACACAAGACAAACA